AUGUUUACAUUCAUACACUGCAGUGUAGAGAAGAGCAUGGCAGCAGCUGAAACGAUCUGUAUCCACGUCGAGGAUGCUCCCGUCGAUCUCGACGAGUACGACGAGGAGGAGGAGGACGAUUUUGUCGCCGAGUUGCCCGGCUACAUGAAGGUGCACCAGCCGGGAAAGGCAAUUACGAGCAAACGCGGCACGGUGAGAGGCAUGGAGAGCAAGGUGGCCAACACAGUUGCUGGCAUACGCAAGAUGAAUGAGGAUCGCGAGCGAUCGGAGCAGAGCGCGCGUCUAAUGCGACUUCUAGAGGAGGAAAGCCCUGAUGCUGAUGGCCGAGGUGGGAAAAUUGUGGUGUAUACAACGAGUCUGUCUGCUAUUCGAGACACAUACAAAGAGUGUCGGGCUGUUAACUUGAUGUUGAGAGGUCACUGUGUGAUGAUACAACAGAAGGAUAUUAUGCUACAUGAAGAGUAUCACAAGGAACUGAAGGAGAGACUGGAUGAUGACACGGUCACCGUUCCACAGGUUUUCAUCAAUGGACAUCACAUUGGGGGAUACGUUGAAUUAUCCGACUUGAACGAGAGUGGAAAGUUAGGAGAACUACUUGAAGGAUUUGAGCGAAUCUUUAGUUCCGAUUGUGCAGCUUGUGCUAAUCGCGGUUUCAUCACGUGCCUGUGGUGUCAAGGAAGCAAGAAGAGCGUACGAAAUCGAUACGGAACAUUACGCUGCACCGUUUGUAAUGAAAAUGGACUGCAGGUCUGUCCAGAGUGCAGUUGAAGUUCUACUGUAUUGACUCACGUCUCGAUGUACUUGUCUAUAUUCUAACUAUUCAUUAUUAGUGCAUUUUUGGUUGGAGUUAUGACUGUGGAGUACACGUAUGUAUACCCUAGAUACUAAAUAUGGUUUUUCACUCUGAAAGUUAAUUUAUGAAAUAAUACAUGUGUGAGGAUAUACAUGUAAUGGUCA